CAACGUUGAUUUCCCGCGGUUUCUUUUCCGAGUGAAACAAAAAUGGCGGAGAAGUGGUCUCAUUUAAUCGACGAAUUCACAAAUGUCACUGGAGCUACACGACAGAUAGCUACCUCUCUCCUCGAGGCAAGCAAUGGCAACCUUGAGAUGGCCAUAGAAAUGCAUUUUGACUCAUGCGGCGAUCAAGAUGCUGUAUCUUCGGCUGGUGUCGCUGGGUCCAGUCACACAAAUGAAGCCUUAACCAGUAGUGACAAUGAUGAGGUGCGUGCUCCUAUUCCCCAAACGAGAGGCAUCCUAGUUGAUCAGCCAUAUCACAGUUUUGGUACCAGAAAGAAGACUUCAAAAUCAGUAUUUGAUGCUUUUAGAGACUUUCAAGCAGAAGCAAAGCAACAAGAACAGCAAGCCACUGGAAGUGCCACGAGCAAAAAACAAAAGACUCUUCAAGACCUGUUUAGACCUCCAAUAGACCUACUUCACAAAGGGACUUUUGAGACUGGUAAAGCUGCAGGUCAACAGCAGAAAAAAUGGAUACUUGUUAAUGUCCAGGAUGUUCAAGAGUUUAAAUGCCAACAGCUAAAUAGAGAUGUCUGGAGCAAUGAACAAGUCAGAAAUAUUAUUAAAGCACAUUUCAUUCUCUGGCAGGUAUAUCGAGAUACAGAUGAAGGAGAACGGUUUAUUCAAUUUUACCAUGUCACUAGGUAUCCAUAUAUUGGAAUUGUGGAUCCACGCACAGGUGAAAAACUUGAUGACUGGAGUUUUGUUGAUGCACAGGCAUUUUGUGAGCAUGUUACGGAAUUUCUGUUAAACCAUUCUACUUUAGAUGGUGAAAGUCCCCCAAAGAAGAAAGUAAAACGACAGGAAUCCAUUGUGGACGCAUCUGAGGAUUCUCAGCUAGAGGCAGCAAUUGCAGCCUCCUUGCGAUACUCUACAUCAACUAAAGAUGACAAUACAAGUGAUAAUGAUGGCGAUGAUGAUGAUGACUAUGAGGAUCUGGAAUUCACUGAUUCAGAAGCCGAAGAAAGUGAAUGGAAACCACAGAAAGUAUCCAAACAAAAACAAACAACAAAUAAUAAACAAUUUUCUAAGGAAUCUUCAUCAUCUUCAAAAGAUAACUGCUCUGCGGAUAUAAGUUCUUCGACAGAGAGUUCAUACAAAAAUGAAGCAGAGACUAUAAAAAAUGGAGCAUCAUUCAAAGAAUCUGUAAAGACUGUGUCUCCCACUGUGACGUCAUCUGUGGCUGAAAGUAGCCCAGUCUCGUCAACACAGAACAACGAAUCAUCUUCAUCCAAAGCAGGAUCAUCUGUUGAGAACACGGAAACUUUUAAAAGAUGGGAAGUGCAAGCAGGUCCGAUGUGUAAAAUUAUGGUGCGAUUCCCAAAUGGGAGUAGAAAGCAGGUGUCCCUACAGGCCGAAGCCCCACUGAUGGCAUUAGUUCAGUUUGCACAUUGCGAGGGAUUUCCGAACGAGCGCUACGAAUUGCUGACAAACUUCCCGCGACGGAAAUUAUCCUUCCUAGACUUCAACACAACUCUCAAGACAGCAGGACUGUACCCACAGGAGACGGUGUUCGUACAAGAGAGGUUGAUGUGAAGUGUAUAGCAAUUUCUCCCAUUCGUCCUAUAUAGUAUAUUUACAUAGAUAGAUCUAUUUUAGCAUCUUUUUUUAUUUCGGUUACCAAUUACCAAUAACAAUGUUGCAUUUAAAAGUGCAUUGACUACCUGUAUUACAUCAUUCAGAACUACGUGAAGUCUUAUUUAAAUAAAAAUUGUUUAAGUUGG